CACUUAAUUAUAGUAAAAUUCACUCUCUCAAGUUGCAGAUUUGAGUCUCCAUGUAGCAACCAGUUGAAUCAAUACCAUGCUCUGUACAAACAACUCCCAUAACUUAGCACCGAUCUGGUAACCACACUGGCCACCUUGAAUGUGCAGAUUUUCAUUUUAGGUACUCCUUGAAUGGGUAAAUUGAAUGGGUGAGAAAGCGUUGGAUCAAAGGGCCAGGGCAUCAAGAUGGGAGAUAAAACUCAAGAGGGAUUCGGUGGGACAAUGGGAAUUUUAGGGAAAAAAAUUCAAACAAAUGGCGUGGCUUACCCGGGCACCAAGGUCCACCGAUUAAUGUUGACCUCCAUUUCACAAAAUCCUCACCGUCCAAAAUACUAGACGGUGAUAGGGGCUGCAGCUCUAGUUAUUUUCGUUGGGCCGCAGCCCUAUCAAAUCAUUUUCCUUAUUUAACAUGGCCAUUACAUUUUUUGGGAUUUUUUAUUUUUAAACAAAUUUUGGUCUAGACCCGGCCGAGUCGAGUAAUCGAGCCCUGAUUCAAAAACACUUCAAGCAAACAAAUCCCUCUUACAGCGGCCGCUGAACCCUAAACCCCAGAGCCGCGAGUACAGUAGCUGUGCAGCACUGCAGCGAUCCGUCUUACUCGCGCUUGGGAAAGGGCUUCCCUCGCUGCCUCCUCGGAAGAAUAGGCCGAGGUGAGGAAUGGGGAUCCCCGCGUUCUAUCGGUGGCUGGUGGAGAGAUACCCUCUCUCGGUGGUGGACGUGGUCGAAGAAGAGCAGCAGCAGUCAUCAUGCGUCAACAAUAGCAGCAGCUGCAGAAGCAAACCAAACCCUAACAACAAUACUAAUAAUAAUAAAGGAGGAGGAGGCAUGGAUUUUGAUAAUCUGUACCUUGACAUGAAUGGCAUCAUACAUCCUUGUUUCCACCCUGAAAACCUGCCGCCCCCAGAGUCAUAUGACGAGGUUUUCAAGUGCGUGUUUGCAUACAUCGACAGGAUAUUCUCCAUCGUAAGACCUCACACGCUUUUAUAUUUGGCAAUAGACGGGGUUGCCCCACGGGCAAAGAUGAACCAACAACGUGCACGUCGAUUCAGGGCUGCCAAGGAGGCUGAGAUGUUAGCCGAGGAAGAAAGGUUAAGUCAAAGAUUUGAAUCAGAAGUGAGAGAUCUAUUGGCACAUUCUAAUCAAUCAAAGGUGCUUGAUUCCAAUGUAAUUACUCCUGGGACAGAAUUCAUGGCAGCAUUGUCGGCAGGUCUCGAGUAUUACAUACAUCUCAGAUUGAAUUCAGAUCCUGGGUGGAGAAAGAUUAAGGUAAUUCUUUCCGAUGCCAACGUGCCUGGUGAAGGAGAGCACAAAAUCAUGUCAUACAUUCGCCUUCAAAGGAAUCUGCCUGGGUUUGAUCCAAAUACAAGGCAUUGCUUAUUUGGGCUGGUGACUACUUCUAAUCGACAUGCCAAAUGAUUUUUUAAUUUUCUC